UAGGAGCUGCAUGAAGUGCAUUAAGAACCAUAAUUCAAAUCCUGUUAGAUGCAAAAGCACUAGGUGAUUUUUUUUUCCCAUUUGGCUAAGCUUUGAUGAACAGAGUUACGACUAUAUCUGGUUGGAAUCUUCAGUACUAGGUUCUCUUUGCGAUCCUUUCUAAAAUGUGCAGAGAAGUUGACAGAUAGUCAAAAGGAUUCCAUAAACAAGACUGGAUUUGGAAAUUUGCUCCUAAUUCAAAGGCAAAUGGUUUCCAAAACUCUGUUAGUUGAAUUGAUGGAAAGAUGGGAUCACGAGAAAUGUGCUUUUGUAUUUCCUUCAGGCGAGAUAACCAUAUCUCUCCUGGAUGUUAUGUUAAUUUUGGGAUUACCAGUGACAGGAAAUCCUGUUAUUUUACGAGAGGAUACACCUUUCUUAGACCUAGAAAGAGAUUUUGGUGCUUUCCCGCUGAGCAGAACAAUCACGGUUGCAUCAUUAGAGCAAAGACUUGAUUCCCUUGCUGAGACCAACAAUGAAGAUUUUGUGAGGUCUUUCUUGUUAUACAUGUUUGGAACUUUUCUGUUUCCAAAUACAAAUAGCAAAGUUGAUUCUCGCUAUCUAUAUCUUCUCCGAGAUGUUGAUAAAGUGAACAGUUUUGCUUGGGGAGCAGCUAUUCUUGCAGAUGUACUUUACUGGUUGUGCAGGAGAACGCGGAAAAAAUCACAAUAUGUUGGAAGGUUGUCUUAUUUUUCUUCAAAUAUGGUUCUUUGAACACAUUGACAUUGCUCGUCCAUGUUUACUGAACUACCGCUCUAAGUUACCCCGUGUCUGCAAUUGGGGAAGUAUGAAAUCUCAUAGAAGAGAAUGGUUCGAUACCAAAUUCAAAGAACUAAAGAGUGAUCAGAUAAUUUGGAUCCUUCAACCGACUUCUGAUGAGUCCAAAAGUGACACAAUCAAAGAGUUGAUAGAAGCAGAAAAGAUAAGAUUGCCUGACCUGAAAACACGAUCUUCAGUUUAUACUUCGCCUCCUAUUGACCAUCCUGUGACAAGUGGAUGUGAGUCGAUGGAUCAUUUAAUCAUUGACCUGGAAGCUGAAUCAGAGAGUGAAAGUAACAGACCUCUGGCAAGCGGAAUGCAAAAUCUGUCUUCUGAUACAGUUAGUUGUAGCAGGAUCUUCUGCAUGCCACUACUUGGAUAAAUAAAAAGAACCCACAAAGCGUUCACAAACUUCAGGAGCAAAUGUGGUUAUAGUAAUCUGUCUUCUUAUGUUUUUUGCUUAUAUUUGGUUUUCUUGAAUAUGACUAAAUGCAUGGGAUGUUAACGUCUGUUUACGCAGGAUGAUUGCGAGGAUGAUCUGCAGAAGAAAAGCCAGACUCUAGAAGAGCAGAUAGUUCAUCUUAAGAACGAAAUUGGUGACUUGACUAUAAAGAACAAGACUCUGGAAGAUCAACUAUCCUCAAGUCUAAAAUUUGAAGAGCAGAACAAGAAACUAAUGGAUGAAAUUGAAACUCUGCAACAAGAAAACCAAGAACUGAGUGCAUCAAAACAGAAUUGUGACUGGAUUACAGAAAAUUGUCUUUGAUGAUAUCACAGAUGCAUGGGAUGAUGGAGAACAAUCUUUGAAGCAAAUCUAAAUAGUCUAUUCAGAUGAAUUUUUGUCACCUUUUUUGUCAGAUCUAUGUACUGAUCAAAAUGUAAAUAUAAGUGCAGUUCAUACAGUUCUGCUGAUGAUUAAACUUAACUGCACUUGUUCUUGAAUUGUUCUCUUAUUAGCUGGAAGUAACAUUUCCCACAUAUUAC